ACCCAAGCCACUGUCCCCUUUCCUCUACUUUUUGUUUGAAAAAGCUCACGCCUUGUCACCGAUCCCUCCAUUACUCACUAUUACUCUGUUAACUCGCCCUACCUUGACUCAGUACGACCAUGGCUUUCCAUUUCUCUGCUUAAAACCUUCGUCCUUUUUAUAUCCCAAAUAUUUUAUUUGUUAUUCUCAUAGUGAAAAGAGCGAGUAAAAGAGAGAGAUGUCUGUGGUGCCACCUCCCCAGCGAUCGGAUCUGGGUUUCAUGGGCGGCGGGUCGGGUGAUUUACGGGUUUACCAAUCUUGGAAAGGCAGCAAUAUAUUUUUAUUUCAGGGGAGGUUUAUAUUUGGGCCAGAUGUAAGAUCAUUAGGCCUGACUAUUUUACUUAUAGUAGUUCCAGUCUCCAUUUUCUGUGUGUUUGUUGCCAGGAAAUUGAUGGAUAACUUUUCUUAUCAUUUGGGUACUUCAAUUAUGAUUGUUGCUGUUGUCUUCACUCUCUAUGAUUUAGUUCUUCUAUUGCUAACAUCUGGAAGAGAUCCUGGUAUAAUUCCACGCAAUGCAAACCCUCCAGAGCCUGAAAGUUUUGAUGGAAACACGGAUGUUGGGGCUGGUCAAACUCCACAGUUACGAUUGUCACGCAUUAAAGAAGUGGAGGUCAAUGGAACCACCGUGAAGAUCAAAUAUUGUGACACUUGCAUGCUUUAUAGGCCUCCUCGCUGCUCACACUGUUCAAUCUGCAAUAACUGUGUAGAGAGAUUUGAUCACCACUGCCCUUGGGUUGGGCAAUGUAUUGGACUGCGAAAUUAUCGGUUCUUCUUCAUGUUUGUCUUCUCAACAACCCUUCUGUGUAUAUACGUUUUUGCAUUCUGUUGGGUCUACAUUAGAAGGAUCAUGGAGACAGAGGAGACAACAAUUUGGAGAGCAAUGAUUGAAACACCAGCUUCCAUUGUUUUAAUAGUUUACACUUUCAUCGCAAUGUGGUUUGUCGGUGGCUUGAGUGCCUUCCAUUUGUAUCUGAUCAGUACAAAUCAAACAACAUAUGAGAAUUUCAGAUAUCGAUAUGAUCGUAGAGCAAACCCUUAUAACAAAGGAGUGGUUGAGAACUUCAAGGUGAUAUUUUGCUCCAGCAUUCCAGUAUCCAGGAACAACUUCAGGGAAAAGGUGCCCAGGGAACCUGUGUUACCAACACGACCAGGUGAUUUUAUGAGUCCGAAUAUGGGGAAGACCGUGGAUGACAUAGAAAUGGGUAGGAAGACAGUGUGGGGUGAUAUUGGUGCCGGCACCGAUCAUUGUGAAGGGAAACUCGCAAGUGACCGAGUAAAUGUGAAGGAGGGUGAAUUAGGAGAAUUAUCUCUAGAUAUUAGAACUACAGUAGAUGAUGCAGGGGGUAUACAUCCCUGGCGAUCUAGUUGGGGUAGAAAAAGUGGUCGAUGGGAAAUGUCACCCGAAGUUCUUGCUUUGGCAGCUAGGAUGAGCGAACCAAUUCGAGCUGUUGGAACUAGCAGUAGCAACAAUUUGACAACCGAAAACCGGCAAACAUGACGGAUGAUGUGAUAUUGGCUGUACUACUGGGACAUUUUGUUUUUGGGGUUUGGCAUGGUGUUUAAAAAAGUGUUGGUUUGAGGAAGCAGUGUGUUGUAUCUGAUAUGAGAGUGAGGCUUCUUCAAUUUUGACUUAAUUGUAUUUGUUGUGGAACUUGUUGGUAUCUACUAAUUGUAGUCAGCUUGUGGAUG